CUUAAAAAAAAAUAAAUAAAUAAAUAAAUAAAUAAAAAUAAAAUAAAUAAGUAAAUAAAUAUAUAAAAAAAUAAUAUAAAAUGGGACAUUACAUUUUAAAUAUUUUAUUUACGGUACUAUUGGUGAAUUGUUGCUUUGGUCGCAGAAUAGGGACCCGUAACUUAUGUCGCAAAGGCGUUGAAAGAUGUACAAAUAAUUUUCCAACAAUAGACCAUAAUAGUAUUUUGGAAAAUAGUCUAAUUAAUUUUCAGCAAAAUAUAACAUUGAGACCAAGAAUUCUGGGUGGCAGAAAUGCCAAAUUAGGAGAAUCUCCAUGGUUGGUAAAUUUGGAAUAUCGAACACCGGAAAAUAAACUAUCCUUGUUGUGUGCUGGUAGCGUUAUUAAUCAUCGAUAUAUACUGACGGCUGCUCAUUGUAUCAGAGGUGAAAUAGAGAAAUUUGGGCAAUUGAUAUCGAUUCGUGCUGGGGAAUAUGAUUUGCAAAGCGAAAUUGAUUGCGAUGAGAAAAUCUGUCUUGAUCCAUUCCAACGUUUUAAUAUUGCUGAAUAUAAAAUUCAUCCUGAAUUUUAUACCGACAAGGAUAAAAGAAAUUAUAAUGAUUUAGCUUUGAUAAAAGUUGAUCGAGAUAUUAUGUAUUCCAACUCGAUUCCAGCUGUAGCUAUGCCCACGAUCAAAUUUCCUCAUCUGUCACCUGGAACACUUUUAACCGUCAGUGGUUGGGGAGCUGGCUAUUGGAAGGGUGAUUGGAGUGCUUUAAUACCCGUUAAACAAGUGGUUCAUGUCCCCUAUGUGACAAAUGAAAAAUGUGUACUGGCCAACAGCGUUCAUCAUCUGUGUGCUGGGGAAUAUAUGAAAGAUAGUUGCUACGGUGACUCGGGUGGUCCAUUGAUUCGUAGUUUGCAUAAUACCCAAUACGUUGUGGGUAUUGUUUCGUAUGGCACAACUUGUGGUUCGGAAAAACCAGCUGUUUAUACUCGAGUUUCAUCGUUCAUUGAGUGGAUUAGAGAAAAUAGUGAAAUAUAGUAUAUUAUUAAAAUAUGUUUUAAAAUUAUAA